UUUGCUGUUAGCGGAGACGAAAACUGUUUGUUGAGAGCCCCUAACUAUUUUUAUAUACUUCUCUAUUUAAAAGCAAGUUUUAAUUCUGCAUAAGUUUCUUUUUUAAGUUGUUUUUAUUGAUCUGUGUGGUCUUUUGUUUGAAUAUUUAUCAAGAUGCUUGUAUAGACUUUUCAAGAAUUGUAGGCAAACAAACUUUUAAAUGAAGUGGAAACGUUUCGCAGCGACGUAUCCACAGUGUAUUUGCUACUGUUUAACCAGUAUGAGAAUUCUUACAGUAACCAGAAAUAUGAAAAAGUUAAAAAUUAAAAUUGCUAUGUCAGAUUUGCAGGUUUUCUUGUGAUGUUUGUGCUUUUUCAAAUCUAAUGCGAUUCAGCAAUGUACAAAUUAUAUAUUAACACUUUUUGUAAUGCUUCACUGCCAAGAACAGAAGGUUCAAAGUCCAUACUGACUUCCUCAAAAAAUUGAUCCUCACAUCUCUACUUUCUUUAAGCUAUAACAAAUACAUUUAUUUAUGCAAGUUGGUUUAAAGAUGCUAAAUUAUUUAGCCUUAGUUUGACUUUGUUUUUUAAAAAAAACAAUGUUAUCCCUAAUCCCGUCAUAAAAAUAAGUACGUGCAGGCUAAGCCUAAAAAAGAGAACAUAAUUUUGACAUCCAUCUUUAAUGCUACAGAUACCUAGCCCGCUUUUUAGCUCAUCUCUCAGACUUGCAUUACACAUCCACCUAACCAUUCUCAUAUCAUUCCUUUUUAAACGGUUAAGAUAUUCCUUCUUCACUGCCCAUGUCUCACUACCAUACAGCAUAACACCUAUCACACAGACCUCAUAUAAGCUACCUUUUACCUCAAUUGACAAGACUCUGCUAGUCACCAAAGGAAGUAACCCUCUUAACUUUUUUCAAGGAGGGCGAGAAAAAGAAAAUUCUGAAUUUUUCCUUUUCUUCAGGAAAACUUUGCAGAAUUGUUCUUUGUUACAUGUCCUUUAUUAUUUUAUCUUUUUUUGGCAUUUCAUCUGAAUAUAUUUUUCUUCAGUGUUAGUUUACAUAUGAAAUCUUUGUAUCUUUGAGAGAAUUAAAUAAUGCCUUUUCAACGUUGACUCAUUGGGCUAUUAGGGAAAUCCAAAAAAUUUAGGCAGAAUUUAGUUUCACAAAUCAAAGAAAAUUAGGGAAUUGGUUGAUUGGUUAAAUGCUUCUCUCCAUAAUUUUUUUUAACAUGUUUUGGGCAAAGUUUUUUUUAAGGUUAAAGAAAACUGAAAAAUGGGAAAGUCAAAAGAUAAAUCGAUCACUGAAGAUGCAGAUAAAACUUUGGAUGUUAGUGUAGUGAAUGCCGAGCGUCCCGACUACGAUGAGCUAGUCUCGAUGGUAAAUAUUAUUUCCAAGCCUUUAGCAAGCAAGAAAAUGACGAAGAGAAUAUACAAAAUUGUUAAGAAAGCAGCAAAAAAGAAGGAAUUACGUAGAGGUGUAAAAGAAGUUGCAAAAGCUAUCCGUAAGAAAGAGAAAGGUUUAGUUAUCUUUGCUGGAGAUGUGUCUCCAUUAGAUGUUUAUUCACACAUGCCAGUCAUGUGCGAAGACAACAAAUUGCCUUACUGUUUUGUGCCAGCGCGUAUUGAUUUGGGAUUGGCGAGUCAAACGAAGCGUGCAACAUGCGUUGUGAUGGUUAAGAAAAGCGACGAUUACGCAGAUGCGUAUACUGAACUUAGAGAUGCCAUAAAAGAACUUCCUUUGCCAUUAUGAAGCAGUUUGCUCGCAACAUAUUUUUUCUGACUGUAAAAAUUGUGUUUAUACAUACAUACACAAUUUUCUUUUCAUGCUUUUAUUAACGCCUGUGGUAUUUAUAGUUGGUAAAAGAAAAUAUCCAGAUAACCCAUGUUCAAUGUUACUAACAGUCAUCGUAAUUUCAUAAAUGGUGACUGUGUGCACAUACAUUUAUAUAAAGAUGACUUUUUAGAUUUAAUGUUUUGGUAUAUACAUAGCUGUGUCACGUGGUAUACAUGGAUAAUUCUAGUGCUUUGGUUGGUUAAUUCGAACUUUUACUAUUUUCAAACAAAUUUCGCGCUUCCUUUCUUUUUUCUUUUUUGUUCCUCGCUGAAACAUUUUCUAUCCCACAAACCACUGUAAUGCCACUGGGUGGUGUACUGCAGUUGGUUUGAGCAUAUUGUUUACGCUUCACUGAAGACUGUGCCAACCGCUUUUUCGAACAUGGAAAGUUAAAUAUGUUCGAAUAAACGAAUAUUCGAAUUAACUAUCAGAAAACAGAGGAGUUUUAUUAAGCAAGUGAAUAAGAAAUUUGUUUGAAAUAGCAGAUAUUCGAUUUAAUAGCAUUUCAAUGUGUUGUGUAGGUAUAAAAUUAGUUUUCGAAAGAAAUGCAAAUUUUUGCUUAUUCUUUAAAUUAGGAAAAUAAUUUCGGGUUUUUUAUUUUAUUUUUUAAGAAGAAGAAAGUGUGUCAAUAUUGUUUUAAGUUUUAAAGCCGAAGAAAACCAUUGUGUUAA